AUGCGUGCCCAGGAAUAUUUGCUGCUCAGCCUUUGCUGUCUAGUGGGCGUGGCGCGCGCAGCGGUGCACGAUGAGCUGAGCAAUUGCGAUUUGCAGGGCGUUUACAGACAGCGACAGACGCUCAUAGAGUCACCUGGUUAUCCGGAUAACUAUCCGGUGAACAGCUGCGUGGAUUAUAUGAUACGCUCGCCAUAUCGCUGCCCCACCAAGUUUCACAUACAGUUUCUGGACUUUCAGCUGGAGCUGUCGCCGAACUGCAGCAAGGAUUACUUGGCUAUAGGACUGCAGAACGAUGGCGACGAUAUGGAUGUGCUGUGUGGUCAGGUGCUGGGAAUUAAGAAGUAUCAUACACCGGAUGGCAUAUUACGCUUGCGUUUUCUUAGCGACAACUCGCCUUGGACUACAGCUGGGGGAUUUAAGCUGCUCAUCACACGUUUAGCCUGCGAGAGCGAGGAUUUGUUUGUGCGUGGACGCGAGGUGGAGCAACAGGAUGACACGGUGCAGGUGGAGGCGCAUAAGCAGCAUCAGCCACAUCAGCAGUUGCCACAGAAUCAGAGCUUGCUGCAUCCGCAGGCGCCUUUUGCUGCCUGGCCAGGCUAUCAGCCAGUUUAUCACCCAGCAUAUCCUGCCAAUUAUCAGCCCGCCUAUCAAGCUAAUUAUCCAGCUUAUCCAGCAUCUUAUCCUGCCUUUGCUGGUGGCUUCUAUUUGCCAGCAGCUCAGCCACAGCCAUUGCAACCUCAAUUGUUGCCACCAACAGCAACUCCCGCCCCACCUUGCAACAACAACGAGCAGCAACAGCCACAAUUUCCAACUCAACCACAAUUUCCAACUCAGCAGCAAUUCCCAACUCAGCAGCAAUUUCCUUUGAAUCAACUGCAAUUUCCCACCGCGCAGCAACAAUUUCCCUCACCGCAGCAACAGCUGCAGCUACAACAGCAAUUACCCGCCAUAUCGGAUCAAUAUCAAACCACAGCGUUCCAGCCACAAGGCGUGCAGCUCAAGGAUUACGAUGCACAAACGUUGCAGCAAUUUGGCGGCGCUGUUGAUCUUUGCUGUGUGAGCAGCUUUACCCAAGCGCAUUUCUACCUGUCCAGCCCUGGCUUUCCACGCACCGUGCUCAAUGGAUUGCUGCCGCGUCAGCAACGCGACUGCGUCAUUUAUCUGGAGAAGCACACAGCAGCUGUGGCUGGACUACGCAUACAGCUGAAGUUCUUUGACUUUGGCCAGCCGACACCAGCAGCAGCAGCAGCUGGUGUGGGUGCAAGUCUAUGCAAUGGCGACUUCUUGGAGCUGGAUGGGCAACGCUAUUGCGGCUGUCGUUCGGGUCAUGUGCAUCGCUCGCUGUGGCGUGAGGGACGCAAGGCAUUGCGACUGCGCAUGGGUCAAGCGGGCAGCGCUACAGGCAAUGGCUUUCUGCUGGAAAUCUAUCAGGAUCAGGAUACAAGCAACUAUGGGCAGCCAUUCAAUGGCUUGGGCCAGCAGAAUAACAAUGGACUAGUAGGACUUGCAGGCUUGCCACAACAGCAGCCCAAUGGUCUCGCUGGUCUUGCUGGCUUGCCACAGCUUGGCUUUUAUCCUGGCUAUCCAACUCAGCUGGGCGCCUAUCGCCCGCAGCUGCCGCCGCCGCCUUUAAGCGCUGCGCCGCUCUGGCCCAACUAUCCCGCGCGUCUGCCCAAUUAUCCUUUAUUGGCGACACCGUAUCGCCAAGCGCGUCAAGCUUGGAGCUGGGCACGCGGUCUGGAGCAGCCAGCGCGUGUUGUAGAAACCAAUUCCACGCGCAAGGAAUUUUAUUUCUAUGAUGCAGAUGAAGCCUUUGCCAAAGCUGCGCUCGACGAAGCCGACGGCAAGCCACAGAAACUUAUAGCUGCCAAUCAGCCUGUGGUUAAAGCUUUCGAGCAGAGCAGCUGCAGCUUCGACUACAUGGAGGUGCUGCGUCUAUCUGUGGACACAUUGUGGCUAACCAAGCCCAUUUGCUUUGCGCCUGUGCGCAGCUGGUUUAGCAAUAUAUUUGGUUAGCUCAAGGUACAAUAAAAAUAAAUA